CGACUGUUAAUAAGAGUCGCAUAAAACAACUGUGAAAUCUUCACGUGUCUUCUCUUAUGUUUCAUCACAUGUUCUCUCCUUUCUUCGCCUCUCUCACAAAAUUUAAUCCUUUUUCUUUUUGGCAUUCCUAGGCCCCUUUCGUAAUCCAUAUUCCGAAAACAAACCCUUUAAAUUUUGCAUACAUACAUAUCCAUCUACACAACUUUAGCAUGGACAAGAAGAAGAUUGUUGCUGCUCCAUCUUCCUCCUCUUCAUCUUCUUCGUCCUUUGAUCAUAUAUUUGGUCCAAGAGUCUCUUCUUCGCCUUCUUCAUCAACCACUGGAUUGUUCAGUUCCAUCUUCCCACGACCCUCUGAGAAGGGGAUGUGGGGGAGGCAAAUGGACUUUGCAAGUCAAGGUGGACAUGCGAAGUAUCAAUCUCCAAGUGAACGAGGAGAAAGAAGCAACAAAAAGGAUAAAAAGAGUUACCAUAAUGAGGAAACAGAACCACCAUGCAACUUGAGCUCAUCCAUUUACUAUGGAGGCCAAGAGAACUAUUCCUCUACAACGACUACCACCAAAGAUACUUACAAGAAAGAUGGAGAUGAAGGCGAUUCCAAAAGCGCAUCAAGAGGAAACUGGUGGGAAGUGCAUGCAGGGUCGCUUUAUUACUAACAUGCACUGCAUGUCAUGCAAUCCUGAUUUCGAGCAACUGCUAAGGGGAUUAAGAGACAUCAUGGUCUAUCUUAAUAUGAAAUGUAAUAACAAGUAAAAAGCAUAUAGAAACUAUAUACAACUCUGUUACAAAAAAACUAUAUAUAACUACAAAAUUAAAGAGUGUAGUAUAUAUAUAUUGUAAAAAGAAGAGUGGCUUGUUCUUGACGUGUUGCUUUGUUUUGUUUACGGAAACCACAGGACUAAGACAAGCCUCUUUCUGAUAUAUAUAUAUAAUAAAUGGUUGUAAUAUUGUCUAUGUGAUGUGAUGCUUUAUGA